AUGCCGCCCGUCAGACCCCGUGACCCGGCCGGGAUGUCCCCAGUGGCCCCGCGGAGGCCGGGCCGGGGCAGGAGAGGGCGCCCCCUGUCGGCCACCCGCGCCCACGUGCGUUCCCCCCGCGCGGCGCAGCCGGCGCGCAGCCAAUGGGGAAGCGGGGGGCGUGUCCCGGCGGCCGCCGCCACCAAUGNGCGGCUCUGCUUCUACUCGGGACACGCGCUGAACCGCAGCGACUCCUUCGCCUCCCUCAGCACCUGCGCCGGGCUGGUUGGCUACAUCCAGCUUGGAUCAGAGCAGCUGCUGAUCCAACCUGUGAAUGCAUCUGAGACCUCAUUCAGUGGGAAGGAGCAUUUCAUCAGGCGGAGACGAUCCACAAAACCCGGCCAUCCCACCAAGCCACAGGGCCCUGAGGAGCACUGCAAAGUUGUAGCAGAAAAGAAGAGACAGAAAAAAGUGAAGUCCACGAGUGACUGGCGGGAGAGGAGGAACGCGAUUCGCCUCACCAGCGAGUACACGGUGGAGACACUGGUGGUGGCAGAUGCUGACAUGGUGCAGUACCACGGAGCAGAGGCUGCCCAGAGGUUCAUCCUCACAGUUAUGAAUAUGGUGUACAACAUGUUCCAGCAUCAAAGCCUGGGAAUUAAAGUCAACAUUCGAGUGACCAAACUAGUUCUGCUUCACAAUCGCCCUGCAAAGUUGUCUAUUGGGCAUCAUGGAGAGAGGUCUCUGGAGAGCUUCUGUCAGUGGCAAAAUGAAGAAUAUGGUGGGGCAAAAUACCUUGGUAACAACCAGGUUCCUGGUGCCAGGGAUGACACCCCUCCUGUGGAUGCUGCUGUUUUUGUGACCAGGACAGAUUUCUGCGUGCACAAAGACGAGCCUUGUGACACUGUGGGAAUUGCUUACCUAGGAGGUGUCUGCAGUGCCAAGAGAAAAUGUGUUCUUGCUGAAGACAACGGUCUCAAUCUGGCAUUCACAAUUGCACAUGAACUUGGGCACAACAUGGGAAUGAGCCACGAUGAUGAUCAUCAGCCCUGUGCUGGGAGGUCUCACAUUAUGUCUGGUGAAUGGGUGAAGGGCAGGAACCCAAGUGACCUUUCCUGGUCUUCGUGCAGCCGAGAUGACCUCGAGAACUUCCUAAAGUCCAAGGUGAGCACCUGUCUGCUGGUGACAGACCCCCGGAGCCAAUAUUCCGUGCGGCUCCCUCACAAACUGCCGGGCAUGCACUACAGCGCCGACGAGCAGUGCCAGAUCCUUUUCGGCACCAACGCCACCUUCUGUAAGGAUAUGGAGCAUUUGAUGUGUGCUGGGCUCUGGUGCCUGGUGGAAGGAGACACAUCCUGUAAAACAAAGUUGGACCCCCCUCUGGAUGGCACCGAAUGUGGCGCAGACAAGUGGUGCCGAGCUGGGGAGUGUGUCAGUAAAACCCCCAUCCCUGAGCACGUGGAUGGGGACUGGAGCGUGUGGAGCCAGUGGAGCAUGUGCAGCCGGACGUGCGGAACCGGGGUGCGCUUCAGGCAGCGGAAAUGUGACAACCCCCCCCCAGGGCCAGGUGGGAAGAAUUGUCGGGGGGCCAGCGUGGAGCACACAGUGUGUGAGAACCUGCCCUGCCCCAAAGGGGUGCCCAGCUUCAGGGACCAGCAGUGCCAGGCCCAUGACAGGUACACCAACAAGAAGAAAAGCCUCCUGACAGCUGUCAUCGUGGAUGAUAAGCCGUGCGAGCUUUUCUGCUCCCCACUUGGCAAGGAUUCUCCAGUGCUGGUGACAGACAGAGUCCUGGAUGGAACUCCCUGUGGGCCUUACGAGACAGACCUCUGUGUACAUGGCAAGUGCCAGAAAAUUGGAUGUGAUGGGAUCAUUGGCUCGGCUGCCAAAGAGGAUCGCUGUGGGAUCUGCAGUGGCGAUGGGAAAACCUGCAAAGUGGUGAAAGGAGACUUCAACCACACCAAGGGCAUGGUAACCAAUAGUCAUUGUAAGAAGGUUUCCACAUGUGUGAUGGCAAAGGCAAAGGCUGUUCCCAAGUGUUUCUCGUGUUACAUCGAAGCCGCUGUGAUCCCUGCGGGUGCCCGGCGGAUCAGAGUGGUUGAGGAUAAACCUGCUCACAGCUUUCUGGCUUUAAAAGAUUCCAGUAAGAGAUCCAUUAACAGCGACUGGAAAAUUGAGCUUCCUGGUGAGUUUCAGAUCGCAGGCACCACUGUCCGGUACGUGCGAAGGGGGCUGUGGGAGAAAAUCUCUGCCAAAGGACCAACUAAAAUACCACUGCACUUGAUGGUGCUGUUAUUCCAUGACCAGAAUUAUGGAAUUCAUUAUGAAUACACCAUCCCUGUAAACUAUACUGCUGAAAACAGAAGCGAGCCAGAAAAGCAACAGGAUUCCUUGUACAUCUGGACGCACAGCGGAUGGGAAGGAUGCAGUGUGCAGUGUGGAGGAGGUGAGCGGAAAACCAUCGUGUCCUGCACUCGGAUCGUUAACAAGACCAUGACACUGGUGAAUGACAGUGACUGCCAGCGAGUGACCCGCCCCGAGCCCCAGGUCAGGAAAUGUAACACACACCCCUGCCAGUCACGGUGGGUGACUGGCCACUGGAGCCCCUGCUCUGCCACUUGUGAGAAGGGUGUGCAGCACCGGGAGGUCACUUGUGUUUAUCAGCUGCAGAAUGGCACCUAUGUCAACACCAGGGAUCUCUACUGCCUGGGCAACAAACCAGCCAUGGUGCAGAGCUGUGAGGGACGGGACUGCCUGUCCAUCUGGGAAGCAUCAGAGUGGUCAAAGUGCUCAGCAGACUGUGGCAGGGGAAUUCAGAAAAGAACAGUGACAUGCACAAACUCCCAAGGCAAAUGUGAUGCAGCCACCAGGCCGAGAGAAGAGGAAGAGUGUGAGGAUCACACAGGCUGUUACGAGUGGAAAACAGGAGACUGGUCCAAGUGCUCCUCGACGUGCGGCAAGGGGCUGCAGUCGCGCGUGGUGCAGUGCAUGCACAAAGUGACCGGGCGCCACGGCAGCGAGUGCCCGGCCCUGGCCAAGCCCCCAGCCUACAGGCAGUGCCACCAGGAGGUCUGCAACGACAAGAUCAACGUCAACACCAUCACCUCACCCAGGCUCGCUGCCCUCACCUACAAGUGCACGGGGGACCAGUGGACAGUGUACUGCAGGGUGAUCCGCGAGAAGAACCUGUGCCAGGACAUGCGGUGGUACCAGCGCUGCUGCCAGACGUGCAGAGACUUUUAUGCAAACAAGAUGCAGCAGAAGAGUUAAUGAACUGUGCCACUCCUUAGAGUCUUCCAGCUGUUUGUAUGUAAAUCACAGACUAGUAGGUCUGAGUACUGGAACUUCAUGAGUUGCUACAGCGUGGUGGAUCCCAAAGCACACCUAAUGAGACUUGAAAGUAAUCCUAAAGACUGGAUACCAAAGUCAUCCGCUCAUCCACCUUAAAAAAACACACAGAAAGGGUCAUCUCAAGGAGCCAAUCAUUUCUGAAUAUUUUGACAUCCUCACAUUUUUCAUUAUUGCUUUUUUAAUAUAUUAAAUCACCAGCCACUGGAUGGCUUGCUACCAUUAAAGAAAAGGACAAGAGUUGCAAAGUGAUUACAUAGGAUAAGGUUAUGGGUACCUCCAUGGAGGAAAGCCUCUGGCAAAAUAAUUCAGCAAAGGUAGAGACAUUACUUAAUCUUUUAAUCUUGGCUUUUUUCUGUUGUUUUCAAUUCCCAGCAGUUAUCCCACUGCAGAAUGGCCUUGGAGGACAUGCAUAAAUGAAGGGCUUAGUUUAAAGAGAGGAUUUUCUGUAAAAGCUUGUGAAAACUGAUAGCAGAGGAUGGACAUCUCUGAAUUUCCUACAGAAAACUCAGUAUAAUUAUAUCCAACAUUCCAAGUCAUAUUUUUAGAGCCACUAAUAGGGAGUGCUUUUCCUUCUAAUUCUAAAAAACAAUCCUCUCUAUCUUUUCCCCAGAAUAAUUGAGUUUCUUUUAUGAAACCUAAUUUUUCUCUGAGCAUAAUGAAAUGGAAGCUUAUUAACAGCCAUAGAUAGUUACUUUUAAACAAGAACCAUUUACAUGAGAUGGGAGAAGCCAGAAAUCAUUUCAUCCAGUAGAGCUCACUGAGGGAUUGCUUGGCCUAAGCUCUCUCCAAUUUCUAGAAGUCAAUCAGAUAAUGAGACUGUUGGUUCUUAUAAGAGGAUGGUGAAACUCAAUAGGGUUGGAACAGAAACUGAGUUUGGAACAAUCUUUAUGAAAAGGAUGUAGUGGGGAGCAGAACAGGUGUUUCCUAUCUCUGGGCUCUUUUAUACAGCUGAGGUUAUGUAGCUUUUGGAGUAACCAGAAGUAGCCAGGGAUUCAAGACAUUCAAAGUGUAACCUGGAGCUUGUGGGAAGCCAGAGGGCUCAGACUUCCAUUGCUUCCAGGGCUUGGGAAUUUCCUCUCUGUCUUUGGAUGCUCCCUGUCUCACUUCUGUGGUGCUGUCAGGUUUGGUGCUGUCAGAACCCUUCAGGUGCUGCACACACAAUACUGUCUGCCAUGUCUCUGCACUUUAAACCAGACUCCUCUCCAUGAUGUGAGACUUGAAACAGGAGCUCUGCCCAGGGCAGGGCUUGUCCCCUCCAUUGUCACACACAUCAGUGUCUUCCUAUCACAUCUUGCUCCAACAAGCAUCAUUUCCCUUCAGCCCCCUCCUCGUGGCAGGAACGGAGCCCUUUGGAUAAUUGCAGCUUUGUACUCGCUCUAGAACUGUGUGGGACUGUUUGACUCCUUGGAGCUGAGCACAGAACCAAUCCCAGCUGCUCCCCCAGCCCCUGGGCCAAGCUGGCUUGCAGCUCACAUCUGGCCCCAGGUUGUCUUUGUUGCUGUUGUCUCUUUUUAUCAAUGCAAGGAAAGAUAAAGAAUCUUAGUAGCUAACAUGUCUUUAAAGCAAAUUUUAGUUUUAGUACAGUUCUAUCCACAUCCAGGACCUCACUGGAAUAACCUAGCAGCAUUUCAUUAAGGGCUAAAUUUUUCAAGCACAGGGAGAUAAUGUUCAUCAACAGACUAAACCCUGUGUGGGCUUCACAUUUACAUCUGUGCUUGUUUAGUGCAAAUUAGUGUGUGUGCACCAGGGCUGGCCUGAUGCACAAGGGCACAUUUGCACACCUUUUUUCCUCAAAUGCCUGUCUCAAACAGAUCUGCUUUCCAAUGCCUCAGAUGAUUUUCUCUAUCAGGGAAAUGAUUCCAACUUGGUUUUUGUUAUACUGGAUUUUUUUUGACAAUUUAUAAUCAGGAUUAGACCUCCUUUUUCUGUUAUUCCCACCCUUUUGUCCAGCCCAGAGGCUGUGUAAGUACUUAGCAAGGAAUCAAGGGAAAAUUGCUGGCAGGAGUGACAGGGGAGAUUUAGACAAUACCAGGUGAUACUCAAUUAAUCGAAUUAGCAGAUAGAAGAACUGCUAAUGAGAAAGUUCCAAGAGAUCUGACAGAGCCCAGAGGACCUGGUUUAUGUUCAUAAUUCACAGUGGUGUUUCCCCCUUAGCCUGCAGUGACACUGGGACUGUCCUUGCUGCCUCCCUGCCCCCAGAGCCACCCCUGAGUCCCCUGGAACCCCUCACUCAGUUUGGAAUUUGCUGGUUUUCUUCUCAUGGGCAACAUUUUCUGUGUUACCUUGGCAGAAUUGUGUGAAUUAUCAUUGCUGGGAAUCAAAGGUGCUUUUCCACUGCAGGGAACGUUUUCCUUCUGGUGCUGAUCUGUGACCCUCUCUAGGCAAAAGGUAGGACAUAGGAGAGGAAGGAUUUUCGGUUUUGUGUUUUUCAAUGAUGGUUCACUACUGGCCACUGUCCAGAACAGGUGCUAGGCUGGUUAGACCUGUGGCCUCACCCGAUCUGCUGGGUUUUGGACCCAAAGAACACUUGAGUCUAAGUUCUGGGUCCUACCUAAGGACACAGGAAUUUACAAGGAUUUUUUUCAACUGUAUGAGCACUGAGAAAAAAACACCUCACUUGCUCUCACAGAUUAGCAUGCACCAACCUUUUACUUUUUAUAAUCAAUCCCCCCACACUGAUUAAGAACUGAUGGCACUACACAGCUCCACUUUAUUCAAUUCUCUUACUUCACAUGGUGACAACCAUUCCAUCACAUAACAGGCAGAAAAAUAAUAAUAACAAA